AUGAGUGAACUGCAGCGGUCGGUGCUGGAGUUUUACCAGAUCACGACGCCGUAUCCGGAAGAGUGGCCAGAGACGAAGAACAAUGCGAGCGACGCGUCGGAUGACGAGGAUGCCAAGCAGCGGCAAGCGAAGCUGAACCGGCGCAAGUCGCGGUACCAGGUGCUGGAGCGGACAGCGACGAACCGAAGCAGCACGGUGCCAGGAUCGGAGAAGGGGAACCUGGUGCAGCGCGACGAGCCGGAUCCUCUGGGGAGCGGCGAGAGCGUGGUGGAGAUGCUGAAGCGCAGCCGUGCGGCAGGCAGCAUCAGCAUGACGAUCCAGGAUGACGCACAGCUGCGCAGCCGGUUUCUGCUGUCAUCGACGAGCUUCUCGCCGGCGCUAUUCCUGUCACAGGUGCACACCGACGACAGCACGGAGACGCUGGUGGCCGGACUGGACGCGGUGUCACGGUCGAUCGACCAGAAGUCAGCAUCGCUCAAGGUGCUGGUGGAGUCCAACUUUGAGCGAUUUGUGCGGGCCAAGGCAACGAUCGACAACGUGUACAAGGAGAUGAAGUACCGGGGGGUAGAUCCAGCGACGGCCGAGGCGGCCACGACGCCGCGAACACGAGCACACUCGCGGCACGCGAGCCGCAACAGCUUCCGGAGCAGCAUGAGUGCGGCGGGACUGGCAGGGGGAGGACUAGCAGGCGGACUGGCAAGUGCUCUGGCGGGCGGCGCAGGCGUCGGGACAGCUGUGACGGGACCAGAGGCAGACAGCAGCCGCAAGCGAAACGCGCUCACCAAAGAGAGCGAGUACGGGGUGCUGGGGAUCAAGCAGCCGCUGGUGGAGGUGUCAUCCAAGGCGGAAGAAGUAUGGGGGCCGGCACUGGGCGGACGGGCAAAGGAGGCAACGCUGCGCAAGGUGUCGGGCGAGCUGGAGCGGUUCCACGACUACGUGGAGGCGGGCGCAGCCAUCACGGACUGCAUCAAGCGCAACGACCACGAGAGUCUAGUGGAAGAGUACCAGCGGGCACGACGGUUUGCGGAAGAGGCACGGGCACUGGCGGUGCAGCUAGGGGGCCAGACGGCACGGCCGCCGACGGACGAACAGCUGCAGCAGAUCGUGGUGGCAGCGAGGAUGUGGCACGACGUCGAGGAGCAGAUCCAGGCGUACAAGCGUGACGUGUGGCGCAAGCUGACGUCGGCGCACGGGCCGAUGGUGGCGUCGAUGGUGGCGACGCGAAGCGGAGGAGGAAAUAUGGGCAGCUUUGGCUACUCGACAGCAGGAGUUCGAGGCAGCGGCCAAGGCGGCUCACGCGACCAGCACAUGGAGCUGAUCGGGCUGCUGCUGGAGCUGGGCGUGGACGACAACCCGAUCUGGGUCUGGCUGCUGAGCCGGUACGACUACCUCAAGGGCAAGAUCCAGGCGACAUGCGAGCACGCCAAGGUGGAGAUUGAGGUGAUGCGGCGACGUCUAGCCGAGGCUGAGAAGCCGUCGCCAGCAGCGAUCGCCUCCCAUCUGCGGGCGCUUGGCCGUGGCACCAUCGAGGCCAAGAUUGCGUCGCUGGACGCGCCCGACGUGAUCGAGAUGUGGGACAAGGUGCUGGCCUUUGCAGCCGGUCUGCUGUCGGCGCAGGGAAUCCUGGGUGAGGUGGUCGAGUUCUGGCAGACCGUUGCCGGCUUCGUCGACGGCCGCACCCAGACGUCGCUGCCGACGGGCUUUCGCGGCGAGUCGCUGCACCACCAUCGCCUGGCGCCGGGCAGUGCUGCCGACCUACACAAGGGCGCCCUCGAGCUGGUCGAUCUCGUGCGCGAGCAGGUUUACGGCUUCUUUGCCGGGCCACCGCCCGAGGACGUGUCGCUGCUCUUCUCGCCCGUGCCGCCGUCACCACGCACGCCCGUGCCGUCGUCGUCCGUGCCGGCCUCGCCUGUCACCCCGCUGCAGCGUCUCCGCUUCGGAGCCCCGUAUCAGCCGCAGCAGCAGAACAUGCCGCCGCCACCGUCACACAACGGCGAGGCCUGGGAGAAGUUUGCCUUUUGGCCGCCGUGGUCCAACUCUGUCAGCGGCGUCCACUACCUGUCCGAGAUGCUGGCUCUCGUCGGCGCUGGCGCUACUGAAAUGGCUACUGUCGGCACUGGUAUCGAGAGCGACGGCAUCGCCACCGACACCGCCGACGUCGACCGCCUGCGCACGCUCGUCGGCGCCGUGCGUGAGCGCUGCGCCACCGCCUUGUGCGCGGCCUGGAACCGCGACGCCGAGAACGUCAAGUACCUCGAGGACUGGCACCGUGCUGCUGAUCGCCGCGACGUCACAAAGAUGCCCGCUGCCUUUGCCGCAUUUGAGGGCGCUGUGCUCUCGGGCAUGCAGAAGAUCCUGUACGUGUCCGAGGCCAUGGCUAAGCCCGGCGCUGGCGACAUCGUCCUGCCCCCAUCUGCCAAGUUGCUCCAGAUGGUCCGCGCACAGUACGUCACCACCCUCUAUAAGGCUCUCAGCGGCAUGGUUGAGAAUGCCGAGCGGCCGCUCAAGAAGGCCGACGACGACUGGACCACUACCGAUGGCGACGGCCCCGGCACCAGCUAUGUCGCCGUCACUGCUGCUACCACCAUUGCCGCUACCGGGCCGCUCGCCGACAGUCGUGUUGCUGCCAUCCUCGACAGUGGCGCUUUCAAUGCCGGAGACCGGAAUGUCCGCAUGCUCCUCACCCUCAGCAACCUGCAGAGCCUGCGGUCCGAAGUGGUGCCGCGCCUCAACACCCAGUUUGAGAAUGCCUUCUCGGUCAAGCUGACGGACGAGACCAAGACGAUCCGCGAUGUCCUCGGCCAGAUCGAUACGCGCCUUUUCCUCUCGUACACGCGGCCGUCCGUUGACGCGCUGCGGCGCAUCGUCCGGGCCGGCGUGCUCGACAGCAAGAGCGGCGGUGGCAGUGGUGGCACCAAGCCCAGCGAGGCGCGCCCGUACGUGUACGAGGUGCUGCUGCUGCUGGUGCUGGUGCACUCGCAGGUGUCGACGACGGCGGAUUCGCUGACUCAGCAAGUAUUAUCGCACCUGCUGGAACAGACGUCACGUGAGCUGCUCGAGGCGCUGAAGCAGCAGACGGCGGCCGGCGUGCGCUACGAUCUGGCGGGCCUGAUGCAGGCCACGCUGGACGUCGAGUUCAUCGCGCAGGCCCUGAGCCAGUACACGACCGAGCGGGCCAGCGAGCUGCAGGGCCUGAUCUACCAGGAGCUGGAUGGCCGCACCGACAACGACGCGCGCGCCCGCCUGCAGAGCGAGCUGCCCGAGAUGCGCAGCGUCCUGAAGCGGCUGCGCGAGGCCAGCAAGAACGAGUUUGCCUGCUUCCGCAAGCCGAAGCGGGCGGGCGCUUCCGGCUCGGGCGGAACGAGUGGACGAGGCAGCCCGAACACGUCGGUUACUUAG